UUCCAUUUCUAGAUCUGUCUCCCUAUGCUGCCUACCUGCACCUGGUUACCUGCAGUGUGAGCUGUAAGCUGAUCUCCCCUGAGUGUCUCCUCCCCCAGUCUCCUCACUCAGCAGUAAAUUCCAGCACUGGAUCAGAGGGAGCAUUUACCCAGAGCUGCAAGGUCUGUCCUGCUGUUUGAUGUGUGCCUAUUGUCCCAGCCUGCUGAAUGCACGAACUGCUGACAGAAUGAACCUCCCGUCUAUUAACCUAAUCCUGCUCUUCAUAUGGUCCCACGCGUUACAAUGUUUCGGGGUACAAGAACUUUAUGUGGGCCCAGAGAUUACUGGAAAGAUAUCCGUUGCAGCACAAAGAAUGCAGUGCUCGGCUCCGCUGGAUGUCCUCUUUCUACUGGAUGGUUCUAAUAGCAUUGGGAAAGGAAACUUUGAGAGGUCCAAACAUUUUGCAUCCCGGCUAUGUGACGCCCUGGACAUCGGACCUAAUCUGGUCCACGUGGGCGUCAUGCAGUACAGUUCAACACCUCACGUGGAGCUCCGCCUGGACACGGCCCUCGAUAAAGAAAAUGUGAAAGACAAGACAAAGGCCAUCUUGUUUAAGGGUGGCAGCACGGAGACUGGACUAGCUCUCAAAUAUAUCUUACGUAAAGGAUUCCCUGGCGGGCGGAACGACUCUGUUCCAAAGGUUCUGAUUAUCCUGUCUGAUGGAAAGUCUCAAGGGAACGUCCUUGGUCCAGCCAUGCAAUUAAAAGAAAUAAAAAUUAAGGUGUUUGCGGUUGGCGUGAAGUUUCCACGAUGGGAGGAACUUCAUGCUUUGGCCAGUCCACCUGCAGAGGAACAUGUCCUGUUCGUCGAACAUGUGGAUGAUGCAGUUAAUGGUCUGUCAAGUUCUUUGACCAACUCAUCGCUCUGUAAUGCGGUGCCUCCAGGAUGUAUCAUACAGUCUUACCCCUGUGCAAGGAAGACCCUUGAGACUGUGAAGGAACUGAGCGGAAAUUAUGUGUGCUGGAGAGGAUCCACCGGACCAAGCCGUGUGUUCGCGGGGCCGUGCCCUUUCUACAGUUGGAAACGUUUCUACAACACACAUCAGACCCAGUGCUACAGAACAGUUUGCCCAGAUCCAUGUGACUCCCAGCCGUGUCAGAACGGAGGGACGUGCAUCCCACAGGGGACUAACCAGUAUUUCUGCAUCUGUCCGGUUGGGUUUGGAGGAGACACGGAAUGUGCCCCAAAGCUUAGUCUCGAGUGCAGCAUUGAUCUUCUGUUUCUGGUGGACAGUUCAGCUACAUCUUCCCUGGAAAGUUUUUUGGGUUACCAGUCUUUUCUGAAGCGUUUUGUUCAAGCUGCUCUAUCGGAGGACUCUCCCGUCAAUGUUGGGGUUGCCCAAUACAGUAAUGAGGUCCAACCAGUAGUCAAAAUAAGUGAAUAUCAGAACAUUUCAGAACUUUUGAAGUUUAUAGAUGAAAUGCGUUUUAUGGGCGGUGAUCUGUUCACUGGGAAAGCCCUUCGUCAUGUUACGCGGUUUGGGUUUAAAAGCACCCCUGCCUAUGCUGAUAUCCGUGAUGACCUCCCUCGAGUUGUCGUCCUCCUCACAGGUUCAAAUUCCCAAGACCUUGUGAAGGAAGCAGCAGAGUAUGCUAGGGGCCACGAGGUGUUCCUUAUAGGUGUGACCAGUGACUCUUCCAAGGAAGAGAUGUCUCAGAUUGUUGGAAACACCCAACAAAUGAUCACCUACUCCAAUUCACAACAACUGUUCAACCAGCUUCCUCAGCUACAGAAGAAAAUCUGCAGCGUGGAUAUACAAGGUUGCCAGGGACAACCCUUAGAUCUGGUUUUUCUGGUGGAUGUCUCUGCUGCAGUAGGAGAAAACAUUUUUUACAAGCUGAGGGACUUCAUCAAAAUGAUCUCUCUCCAAUUUGACAUUAAUCGUGACGUCACCCAAGUGGCUCUUGUGUCUUACAGCCAAAAACCCCAAACAAUAUUUGCAUUGGAUACACACGAAAAAAGUUCAAGCCUCCUGAAUGCUAUUAAUCAGAUCUCCUAUAUUGGUGGAUCCGCUUCUACUGGAAGUGGUCUGCUUCACGUCUACAGUGAUGUGAUGACCAUUGGAAAAGGGGCUCGACUUGGCGUCAAUAAGGUUGUGAUUUUGAUCACUGAUGGCAAAGGAAGUGAAGAUGCUGCAGUCCCAGCCCAAAGACUGAGGGACAAUGGAAUAUUGAUCCAUGUGAUUGGAAUUGGAAACGUUCAGCGGAAUGCACUGCUACGUAUUGCUGGGUCUACCAGAUUCUUGACGGUCAUUCCCUCGUAUGAUGACCUGGUCCACUACGAUGACACCAUAGUCCAGAGUGUGUGCGAAGAAGCAAAAUCUCCAGUGAGUCUCUGUAAACCCAACCCGUGUUUGAAUGGGGGUCAGUGUAUCCAGAGCCAUGGAACCUAUCGCUGUGAGUGCCACGGCUGGGAAGGCCCCCACUGUGAGAAUCGAUUAGUUAGAGGAGAUACCCCACUUCCUUUGCGUGUGCAUGGCAGAGUUCGCCAAACUAGGAACUCGAGCGCAUCUCGGCGCUGGCUCAAGAUUCAAACUAAUAGAAAAUCUUCACCACAUCAUCCGUAACAUGCCGGCUCUGAGCGCAAGUUCUGUUACACGGCCCUUCUUCUGGAGUCUGGAAAUUCAAACCUAACGGCGUCAAUUAGAGCGCUUCGUUCUAAUGACAAUACAUCCGAGUGUUUGUGCCAACAAAAGGCUAUCUUAUUUCAGAUGCAAAACGUAUUAGCAAGUAUGAGACGAAUGUUGUAACAUUGAGAAUGGUAAGUCCUGGUAUUCAGAUAGAUACAGUAAU